AUGAAUAUCAGCAACCUGACUUCUGAGGAGGAGGGCGAGGAAGACGUGUAUUCACUGGGUGUAACCAUACCUUUUGGAAUCAUUAUCGUGCUCCUCAUUUUCUUUGCAAUAUUUGGUAACGCUAUGACCAUUGCUGCUUUUAUCCGAGACAAAGGUCUCAGAAAUGUAUACAACAUGUAUCUUGUCAACCUGGCAGUAACGGAUUUUAUGCUUGGUCUAAUAAGCAUGCCAUUUUACGCAGUAUAUACAUUAAAAAGUUACGUCUGGCCGUUUGACUAUCAUUUUUGCAAGGUCUAUAUGAUUAUAGACUUUGCUCUUUGUCUGGAAUCCGUUCUAGCGGUUAUAAUCAUAAGUCUAGAUCGUCUCUUGCUUCUUAAGCACGGUCCGCAUUAUGAUCAGCGAGAAACGUCCAAAGUAGCGAUCGUAAAGAUAUCGUUAUCCUGGGUGCUGGCUGUUACCCUUUACACACCAGCAAUAAUCGGCUGGGACCUCUGGACAGGGGAAAACACCGUAGAACCGGGCGAUUGUGACGUCCAGUUUGCCUACGAUCUCACUUUCACAACCUCAACAGCUACAGUGGAAUUUGUCAUACCCUUUAUCGUCAUAGGUGUUCUCAACUUGCUAAUAUACAUGAAAAUUAGAUCAAGGAGACAAUUGGUUGCUCCUGCAUCGAAUGGCAAUACAUCAACUAACAACGGAGAACAAUCACGCAACAGAAAGGAUUUAAAAGCAGCUCGUUUUCUGGCAAUGCUGGUAAUUGUUUUCGGACUAACAUGGGCACCGUACACUAUAUCAACCAUAAUCAUUUCCUUUUGCGAAAGCUGUGUUAACGAACAUUUGUACGAAGCCCUUAAUUGGCUGUUGUGGUCAAAAGCAUCCCUAAACCCAUUUUUGUAUGCCUACAACAGUGCCAGAUUUUUGAAGAACUUCAAAGAAAUGUUGCUGUGCGGAAGAAAACGAAAAAAUGUUGUUUCCAAUAUCGGGACAGUUUCAAAUAACAAGACAGAAGAACAGACAGCUUAA